AUGUCGCAUGAAAUUGACUACGAUACUGUAGACCAAGUGGAUCUCAACGCAGCAGCAACAAUUGCUGAUAUGGUUGCGAUGAAGCUUCGUGACGUACCGAAUCGACUCAUCAUCGCACCCGACGAGCCAUCGGGCAUGGACUGCUUUGCCGACGAUCGAGAUGCGCUGAAUGAUUUCGCCAAGUACUAUAAUAAUGCUCAUCUUAGCGACGUUAACAUCAUUGUAGGAGACGAUACUUUCGCAGCUCACCGCCUCAUUUUGGCCAAGAACAGCGAAGUGUUCGACCGAAUGCUCAGUCAAAGAUGGAAUGGCGAAAAAAAGGAUCUCGAGAUGGUCGAAGAUGCGCCUUGUCAGAAAGUGUUUCCAGCGUUUCUUCGGUUUCUCUACUGUAAUCACGUAGUGCUCCAUCAGGACAAUUGCCUCCCAAUACUAAUACUUGCUGACAAAUACAACGUGAUUAGCUUGAAGAAGGUUUGCAUCGAUUUUGCCAUAUCUGAGAUCCUUCCAAAUCUGACGUUGAAGGAUGUGUUCAGCAUAUGGUUCUCGUAUGCUACUAAAGCGUACCAUCAGCUACUCAUCCGUGCGUGUAUUCAAGCAAUAGCAAGGGAUUUUGAACUGCUCAUCACUGAGGAAUGGGAGAAAAGUUGGCUCGCAUUGGAUAGAGAUCAAAUGAUUGAAAUCCUCAAAUGCAAUCAGCUUGUUGUUGCAAAUGAAUAUCGCCUUUGGGAAGCGGUCGUACGAUGGCUACAAGCACCGAACCAUCCUGAACGCCGAGGCACGACUGCCAGUCCUCUCCUCUCUUCGUUACUGCCGUAUAUACGAUUUCCUUUCAUGACUGCCGAUGAACUUACUCACGUGGAGCGCUCUCAGUUUGCAGAAAGCUACCCAAAACUCUUUCAUCCACAGAUACUCCUAGCCUACAAGUUCCAAGCACUUCCGCUUUGUAGUCGAGUUAAUUGCAAGGAAUUUUCAACAACACAAUUCCUGCUUCGGAACUACACAGAUACGCGAUGGGACAAACGGAUUUCGAUCUCAAAUGAACAGCUUUAUCAACGGGGUGUGGACCAUUCUUUCCAGAUACGAACUCGCUCUUGCACUUUCCCCUUGCAAACAUGGCAAUGGACGCUGAAAUUGGGUGGAUCCUCUUAUUCCAAUGCGGUAGACGAUGUACUCAAGGCCUACCUUAUCUCGGAGGACAUUGAUCAGCCGAGAUCGAUCGAAUAUAUGCUGUCCAUAGUAGACGAGAAGCGAGUAUUGAGGUCGUGGUCUAGUAAGAAGAACUUCACGAAGACAAGGUAUUCAAGUGAACUGGACAUCGACCGAAAAGUAGAGAUCAACGAUUUGCUGACGGAAGACUCACCGCUGCUUGUAAACGGCGAACUCCACCUUCAGAUCACGUUACGGCCGAUAGACUAG